GCGGCCGGCGCCAAUCAGUGCGCGGGGCCCGGCGAGCGGGGGCGGGACGUCCGGCCAGCCCCGGCCUCGCUGGACUGCGGAAGAUGGCGGAGACCGGGGGGGCCGAGGGGGAGCGGCCGGGCGCCGGAGACCUGCGCAGCGUCCUGGUCACCAGCGUCCUCAGCCUCGAGCGCCUCGACCUCGACCUCUUCCGGGGGCGGCACUACUGGGUGCCGGUGACGCGGCGGCUGUUCGGGGGGCAGAUCGUGGGGCAGGCGCUGGUGGCGGCGGCGCGGGCGGUGGGCGAGGACAUGCACGUGCACUCCCUGCACUGCUACUUCGUGCGCGCCGGGGACCCCGGCGUGCCGGUGCUGUACCAGGUGGAGCGCACCCGCACCGGGAGGAGCUUCUCAGUGCGCUCCGUGAAGGCCGUGCAGCACGGGAAGCCCAUCUUCAUCUGCCAGGCCUCCUUCCAGCGGGCCCAGCCCAGCCCCGUGCAGCACCAGUUCGCCAUGCCUGCCGUGCCGGCCCCCGAGGAGCUGCUGACGUGGGACGAGCUCAUCCACAAGUACCUGCAGGAUCCCAACUUGGUGGAGAAAUACCGGCAGGGGCUCAACAAGAUGCUGGCGCAGAACGUGCCCAUUGAGCUCAAGCCCGUGAAUCCGCCAGAUGUGUUCCACUGGCAGCCGCAGGAGCCCAAGCAGCUGUUCUGGGUGCGGGCACGUGGCUACAUCGGGGAGGGCGACAUGAAGCUGCACUGCUGUGUUGCUGCCUACAUCUCCGACUAUGCCUUCCUGGGCACCGCCCUGCUCCCGCACCGGCAGCACACGGUCGAGUUCAUGGUCUCCCUGGACCACUCCAUGUGGUUCCACGCGCCCUUCCGAGCCGACCACUGGAUGCUCUACGAGUGCGAGAGCCCCUGGGCCGGCGGGAGCCGAGGGCUGGUGCACGGACGCCUGUGGCGCAGGGACGGGGUCCUGGCCGUCACCUGCGCACAGGAAGGAGUCAUCAGGGUGGCGGAGACCCCGAUUGAGAGCAAGCUGUAGCUGCCCCUGUGGAAAGGCUGCCCUGUCUGGAAGUGGGCACAGGUCUGAUGCGGAGCCCGGGCAGCAGCGGAGGGCUGGAGCCAGCUGGAUCUCCGUGCUGCUGGGCAGUGGUGGCACAGCGGGUGCAGGCAGACACGGGCUGCGCUUGCGUCACGUUUAUUGAUGGUUAGUUACACACUGGACUGGCAGCUGCUGUCUCUGCCUCGCUCCCCCUCCCCCCUUCUAAUAAAGCAGCUGCGGCA